AUGAGGAAAAUAAAAGUGAAGAGUGGGUCCCUGAAGGUGGUGAACCCACCGGAUGAGUACCGCAAAUCUCAGAGGGACAAGGAAAAGAGAAAAAACAAGAUGGAAAGACGGCACAACCGCGAGCUGUCGAUUCUGAAGAGGAAUCCGCGUCUCAUAAAGGAGGAACUCGACCAGCUGUGCGCCAUUGAGAAGACAAACACGCUGCGCGACACGCAGAGGAAGCGCAAGGCGAAGUUGGAGCAGCUGUGGGAGAUGGCGGUGCGGUCAGUGGAGGCUGAGAAGCUCGCGCGCGAGGCCGAGCUGCAGAUUGACGAUCCCUUCGGCGCCGGCGAGGAAGAGCCCGAGGAAGGCUCCGUGCAGGCGCAGCUCAGCGUGCGCGAGCAGCGCAAUCUGCUCAACACCGGCGGACGCAGAGGCGACAGACGCAAGGGAGGCGCAGCUGAACAUCGCGACGACGACGAGUUCCUGUCUCGAAUUGAUACAGAACAACGCAGAUACUACAACCCCGACCUCUGCAACGCGGGCAUCUUCCGACACCCCGACGGGAGUCUGCGGGGCUACCCGCCCUCUGUGCGUUCCGAGGGAUUUGACCAGCGCCGGAAGUAUAUCGAAGGCAUCAACGUGGAACGACGACAGAGGGGGGAAGAGGCCUCCUCAGGCUCGAGUGAUGAAGACAGCGAGCAGUGGAGCGACGUGUCUGACUCCGAGAAGUCGGCGAAUGCGUCGGGGUCGCGUCUCGCGGCCAUCGAAGAGAAACAGGAGUCCGAGCCCGACGACGACGAUAUCCUCGCGUCGCUUCCCCUUCCUUCCGAGCCGCCGCCGGCCUUCGCAACCGCUGGCGCGAGCGGGCUUCAGGUGCUCCAGCCGCCUGCCUCUGCGGCGCAGCCGCAAGCUGCGCCUUCAUCGGCUCCAACCUUCCCCCCUCCGAUGUAUUUUCCAUUCCCGGGUUCCGCCGGCGCGAACGCGGGCGAAAGCGCCAAGCCGACGCCUCCUUUCCCGUUUAUGCCUCCGCCUCCUCCCCCGUUCAUGGGUUUCGCGCCUCCGAUGCCGCCGCCCUUCAUGCCGACUGGAGCCCCGGGGUCUUCUCCCUACGCUCCGGGGGCGCCCGCGUUUUCGCCGCCUGGCCCGCGGUCCCCGUUCGCGCAGACCCCGGGGGGCGGGUCACAGCCCCCAGCGGGCUCUGCGGCGCCUCCGCAGGCGCCGCCUGCCGCGACUUCGUCUGCGUCGCCGUGGAGCCGCGAGGCGACUCAGGCCCCGCGCGAACAGAGGCCCGGGCCUUACUCCCCGCCUGAGGCCACGAAACCUGCGCUCUCGAAGGCCGCCGUCGCGUUUGUUCCAACGCAGCUGAGAACGAAGAACAAGCCGUCGCCAGCACCCGUGGUGCCGCCGCGCGCGUCGCUUGAGCAAGUCUCCGCGUACUCGACGAACGCGGGUCUCGCGCGUUCGAAUCGCUGGGGCGCGGGCGCGCUCGAAGGCACGGCGGCGGGCACGGGGUCGCGAGGGACGAGCGUGGCGGCGCUUUUCGCGAAGAACGCCAAUCCCGGCGCAGCAGCUGCGGCGGAGCGCGCCAUGACUGGAGCCGCGGCCUCAGGCGGCGCCACGGGCAAGGCCGGCGAAGCUUCGAAAGAUCUCGAUGAGCUUUUCAACGAUUUCUUGCGUGAGGUCGGCGAGAAAUGA